AGGCUCUGUGCUGAAGCGCAUGGACGCGGCCCCCAGCGCAUUCCCAUAUCCUGGGCACUGCCUGGAGGGCCCUGUCACCGUGCGUCCCGCAGCCAGCUGGCAGCGCGCUGACAUGCAGAGCGAGGGCAGGAGGAGCGGCCGCCCAUGCUUGGCUUGUUUCCUUUGGCAGAAUUACGAGCACUUAUUCAAGGUGAACGACAAGUCGGUGGGGGGCUCGUUUUACCUGCAGUCUAAGGUGGUGAGAGCCAAGGAGCGGCUGGUCGAAGAGCUCCGAAUCGAGGCCCAGCGACAGAGCGAAAAGGAAGAGGGGCAGAAGCCAGAGACAUAGCCACCCCCAUGCCCUCUUCUCAGCCCCCUAACUUAUAGCCAGCCAAUAAAUCCCCUUCCUGUA